AUGGAACAAAAUAAAACCAGUGCGUGUGCUGUGUAGUUUGUGUAUACGAACAUCGAUUGUGCUUUGGAAGAACCUAAAAAUACAUUGGACAAUAAGCAGUAUGACAUAUUAUAUUUCAUUUAAAAGUGACAUCCAUCGCAAACUGUUCAUUCGAGAGAUAAUGUUGCAUUGAUUUUAGAUGACAUGUGGAGAAAUGGGAUAUUUCUGUUUUGUCUGAUAUUAAACGAACGGAAUCGUGGUCCAAUGUAGCAAGGAAUCUCGGGAGAUGUCAGAUGGUCCAUUUUGAAGAAGUUCUACACUAGACAUCAUGGUGUUCGGCAAAACCGUCAACACUCCUCUUGACCCUGUAGUCCUAUAGCUGAUUUGAUGGAACAAUCAUGAUGGGGAAUCCUGCAGAAACCAUUAUAAAUGAACAUGAAGUGAAUAACGACCCAACUGAACCAUGUCAAGACUCUGUGUGUGACACGAAUAGUUCUAUCAGGGCGAUGCCAGUCGGAGAUAAUACCGAAAGCGAAAGGAACAACAGUCAACAUCGUAAAAAGAAAAGACAUCGUCAUCGAAGUCGAAGCAAUCCUGAAGGUGAACCUAACUCUGAACAUGGAGCCACCAGCGGAGGGCAUGAUGGAUCCGGAGAGGACAGCUCUGAAUGUAAUGAAAACAUCGUGGUAUCCUCCUCUAUUAGAAAGAAACGAUCGAAGGCCCGUCAUCACAAACAUUCACCCAAAGACACUGUUUCGGGAGAUGAUUCGGGACUUAGCCUGGGCAAUUCCUUAAACGAUUCGACAGUCGUUGGGGAAGUUUCCCAGGUAACCCCAACUGACGAGACCAUUCAGCAUGCAUCUGGAAUUGACACUAAACAUGCAGAAUGUCCUAGUGAAGGUAGAACUGAAUAUAAUGGUAAUGUUCCCAUAGAAGAAAGUCAGAAGAGUGACUCAGUGAAACAUUCUGUUCAUACUGAAGAAAAGAAGGAUAUUACAUCCACAAGCUCAAAUAACCAUCCGGUUACAACCGAUUUGGAUGUGUCAAAGACCAAAGAAAGUCAUGCCGUCCAGGGACAAUUUGUGAACAUCAAGAAGCAGCAGGACACAAGUGACAGCAAGAAGACAGAUCGCAUGAAUCGGCGACUGGAGAGGCAAAAAUCACAGUACAGAAUUGAAAAAGAGAUGCUAAAGAAAAGAUUAGAUGAAACCAGGACUAAAUUCCAAGAAGAGAUAAGUAAAUAUGAGCAAGACCUGAGUGAGCACCGGAAGGAUUACUUGGAAGAAUUGAGUUCCCUAAAGCUACAGGAGCAGUAUGAGAGUCUCAGUACCCGCAUCAGUGAUCUUGGACAGCUCGAAGACGACCUCGACAGGCGAUUCAAAGACUGCAUCGAACAACAAACAGAAAUCGAGGAAACGGAGCGAUUUCUCAACAUGCGAGAAGAGCUAUGUAAGAGCAAAGAGAGAGACAUUACGAAAUUAGAUGAUGAACUUGAUGCGUGGCAGAAUGAAUUGGAAAUAAAAAGGCAGCAAUUGGAGACUGCGGACACCUCAAAACGGAAAGCCGAUACUUCACUGAAUGCAAGUUACUCAAAAGCUACCACGGAUCAAGAGGACUAUAUCUUGAAAAAGAAUCUACUGAAAUGUCAGGCAGACCUGGCACGGACCGAAGAUGAAAAUGCCAACCUACAUAAGCAACUGGAUUCACUGAAGAUACAGCUUGACUCGGCUAAGGUCCAAACACAAAACCACGAAAAGAAAAUCAAGCAACUCGAGAACCAAUUAGUGAUUGCCCUCAGUCAACUAGGUAGUCCAAAACAGAACCAUCUCAACCAGCAUUCUCUACCCCCUAUCAACGGACACCGUCCCAGUGUUGCCUCGUCAUCAGCUGAGAGCCGCAUAGAAGAACUUCAGAGGGACCGGGCGUCACGACGCCAGUUAGGCAAAGAUCACCUCAGUAUUAACCAAGAGGCGGCAUUGAGAAGGAAAAUGUUGGGAAAGGACAGUGGGGUUUCAACGCGAAGUCCGUCGACUAGUAGAUUAUCAGCAAAAACUGUCAGCAGUGUGCAAGAGCAAGGAUUGAACGAGGAAUACGUCAGGAGAAGUCAUGCGUCAGGAAGCGCAGGGGAUUCUCAGUCGGGAGAGGACGGUUGCCAACCAUCGACAUCAGGUGCUUCAGGUGAAGGGACUAAGAGGCGAAAGUCUCCAUCGUUGGGUUCAUCGAACAGUGAGAAAAGUUCUGUGUGUGCUCUCAUGUGAUUAGGAAUUACUACUUUAUCCUGGAUUUCUUUAAGGAGAUAUGAAUAUACGGUAAAAUAUCUUUUAUUGUGCGCUAAAAGAGUACAGGGGUACAAUGUCACGUCAUAUCUAUCCAUCCACUCAUCACCCAUUGCCGGGACCCAUUGCCAACUGGUUUUGAAGCUGAAUCAACUGUCCGAAAUUGUGAUAGUUGCGUACAUCGUAAGCUCAUUAUUCUCCAAUUCACACAAGGGUAAAUUCCAAAUACUCUGACUGCACUUUUCAGGAUUUCCAAAUGUUAAGCCCAUUCAGACCGUUCUUAUGUAACUGAAUUUUUCUCAUUCUCAAAACUUUCCAAUUUCAAAAACAUAAAAGAUGAUAACUGAUUAGGGAUCUCACUAAAUCAUUUUGCAUGUGGAACCGGGAUUUAGAAUAUCAAUCGACGUAAUAAAAUUUCAUUUCAUUGUUUUCCAAAUAACACUAAAUCCCGAUGUCGUAUUAAUUGAUGUCACAAUUUUUAUUAUUGUUGUUGAUGCAUUGCACAGCAUCGAUUCAAUACACAAAAAAUAAGCGUAGUGAUGUCGCCAUAUUUUUUAUGGUCGUGUCGUAUUUUAUCAUCAUCAUGACAAAUUGCACGAUGAUUUGAAAGGCAAAUAUGACCAAUAAGAAACCUUCUUUGUGACCUAAACACAGUAAAUAUUGAGUGUGUGACGUCAUAAUUAUGACCUAUUUUUCCCGUAAAUAUUAACAUGCUAUCAUUUUUGUGAAUUUAUGCAAACUGUCAUAUGCCAUAUAUUUAUAGAUUAUUAUGUUAAAGUUACCUCCGCUUUCGAUAUGAUAAUCCAGGGGGCGCGGAACAGUUUUCAAGGGGGGGGGGGGGGGUUGACCAUGCAAAAAAAUACAAUCCUAUAGUAAUUUUUACGUUUUUGUACACGGUUUUGUGUUUGUAAGAUAUUGUUCCCAUUUUUCUCAAAUACACUUAAUUUUGAGAUGGGAUCUAAGACAAGAAAAACGUCACGCAAGUUUGAGUAAGCGUAAAGAAUAGAGUUGUGUGCUCAGUGGCACACGGCUGCGCGCCUCUUGUGAGGGCGCACCCUAGCCGGUAUUUAGAAAUAAAUAUCAUUCAUCCUGGUCAUUGAUGAUACUUAGAAGAAUAAGUCGCCAUGAAAAACGAUGAUGUAUGAUGAAGCUGAUAAUAAAUGUUAAUGAUAAUAUAACAGUGAUGAAAAUGAUAACAAUAGUGAUGAAGAAACUAUAAAAAAAUCCAAAUGAGUCUGUAUUUUAUAAUUAUAGCCAUUGGAAUUCAGUGAAAAAGUCUAGAUACACGCAUACUUGCAUUGUAAUGGGUGAAGCGGGUAAUUUUGCUCCACUCAAUUUGUUUCAAAAUUGUCAAACUCGUCAAUCACCAUGCUUUACAUUUCGAAAUUUCUGAGUGGUUUAUAUCAAUAAUGCAUAUUAAGCGGUUGACGUGAUUAUAGCCAUUGGAAUUCAGUGAAAAAGUCUAGAUACACGCAUACUUGCAUUGUAAUGGGUGAAGCGGAUAAUUUUGCUCCACUCAAUUAGUUUCAAAAUUGUCAAACUCGUCAAUCACCAUGCUUUACAUUUCGAAAUUUCUGAGUGGUUUAUAUCAAUAAUGCAUAUUAAGCGGUUGACGUGAUUAUAGCCAUUGGAAUUCAGUGAAAAGUCUAGAUACACGCAUACUUGCAUUGUAUUGGGUGAAACGGAUAAUUUUGCGCCCCGCCACUCAAUAAUUUGUUU